UCCUUCCUCCUCCUUUCCCCUCCCUUCACUCAUCCAUCCAUCCGUCCACCCCUAGAUCCGAACCACACAGGCACACCGAUUUGCGCAUCGCCUCCUCCGGCAUAAUGACCAACGAUUCCCCGGAGGAGGAGACCCGAGCUCCGGGUGGAGGAGGAGGUGGAAAAGGAAUCCCGCGGAGAAAACGAGCGGACGACAAUGUCACCAUCCUGACAUCUUCCAUGGAUUUCCACAGAGCCGGCCGGAGCCGAGCCAGCAGCAGCAACGAUGCCGCCCCGAGUCUCACAUCCUCCGUGGAUCUGAGCACCUCCUCUCUGGAGCUGAGCAUCCAGACGCGGAUCUUUAAGAUAAUCGUCAUCGGGGACUCCAACGUGGGGAAGACUUGCCUCACCUUCCGCUUCACCGGCGGCAGCUUCCCGGACAAGACCGAGGCCACCAUCGGCGUGGAUUUCAGGGAAAAGGCGGUGGAGAUUGAAGGGGAGACUAUCAAGGUGCAGGUAUGGGACACAGCAGGCCAGGAGCGCUUUCGUAAAUCUAUGGUGGAACACUACUACCGCAAUGUCCACGCAGUGGUCUUUGUCUAUGACGUCACCAAGAUGGCUUCCUUCCGCAACCUGCAGACAUGGAUAGAGGAGUGUAAUGGCCAUCGGGUCUCAGCAUCAGUACCUCGAGUCCUGGUGGGAAAUAAGUGUGACCUCAUAGACCAAAUACAAGUGCCCUCCAACACAGCGUUGAAGUUUGCUGAUGCCCACAACAUGCUGCUGUUUGAGACAUCGGCCAAGGACCCGAGGGAGAGUCAGAACGUCGACUCUAUCUUCAUGUCUCUGGCCUGCCGCCUGAAGGCCCAGAAAUCCCUGCUCUACAGAGACGUGGAGAGAGAGGAUGGGAGAGUCCGACUCACACAAGAGACUGAAACAAAGAGCAAUUGUCCCUGUUGAGGAAAAUGAGGAGUGGGAGGCGUAAUGGAGGGGAAGCGAGGCGAGUAACUGUACAUGUCAAGGAAGAGAAGGAGAGGGA